AUGUCCGGUGAAAGUGGAGCACAUGCGCAAGCAGCAGAACUGCAGGGGACCAACAAAAGCCAAUUGGCAAAGAAGUCAUAUGAAGCCUACAAUGCCGAUGAAAUCGAAGAAGCCUCGCCAGCCUUCUUCCAGGAGACUGAUGGAGAAUGGGACGAGGAAUCAAUCUACCAGCUCAUGGCCGACAAUGGCGAUGAGGACGCAAUCUACAUCAAUGAGUUUGAGGACCAGAUUGUGGAAGCAGUUCAGGAACAUCCUGACCUCUCACAGUGCUUUGUGAGUUACCAGGAGGCCAGAGCCCGAGUUCGAGAGCGCGCCAGAGCUCGUGGAUUUUGGCCCGUGAAGGGCAAAGCAAAGGGGAAGGGAUUCACCAAGAAGGGCAAAGGUGGCAACACCUACAAUCAGGGAUCCAAUGCUGGAUUCAUGGGACGAAAGAGAUCUCUUGCUGACAGGAUAGCAAACUCCACGUGCAGACUUUGUGGAAUGGCAGGGCAUUGGAAACGUGAAUGCCCACAACGUGCCGAGAACAAGAAGCCCGAGCAGUCAACACUCAAUGAGGUCCACUUGGGGUUCCUGGAUGAAGAUGACAUCGCUCAGGAAGUCAUCGAGGUUCUGCCCCCUGACGCAGUGGACUGGGAGGAGGCUGAAACAGUUUUCCAAUUUGAGGAAGAAAGCCAUGAGGCAAUCAUUGACACGGGUGCCAGCCGAGCCGUUGUAGGAUCAGAUCGGUUGUCUAGCCUGGUUGCUUCAUGUGGCAUGGAAGGCAAGGUCAAGGUUGAAAAGAUGUCCAGCCACAUGAUCGAUCUCAGCUAUCUGGACAGGCCACUCGACUCCGAAGUGGAUCAGAGCCUCACCAUGCCCAAGAAGGAGAUGUUCAACAAGGGGAUCCCAGUGACCACGGAGAUGCUCAGUCAGAUCGUGACCAAGGCAGGAAGUAUGAUCCCGAUUCCGAAGGCUUUGCCAAAGGCAGAGCCGAAGGGAACGUCAAGUGUGGCAUCCGAGGAUUGGGUGAAGGUCAUGGGAAAACAAGUUCCGAAGACCGACCCAAUCAAACGCCCAGUUUCGGAGGUGACGAGAAGCGAAGCCCCUCGAUCAUCUAUGAUGAUGGAACCCAAUGCCGAGAAAGUCCAACAGAUCCAAACUCAGAUCGCUUUGCUCCAACGGGAACUGGCCAAAGAGAUACAGGAAAAGUUGAUUCACCAGGAGCUAGCCCUUAAGACUGAGGAAAUUCAGGUUAUCCAAGGGUCCAUGAAACAUGAGGGACAACGGAUUAAUGUGUCCGAAUAUGCGUCACCUUACACUUCCAUUUUUGGAGCAUUUAUUGCUGAGAAGAUUUUGGAGGAGUGUAGGAUUGGGGAACCUCCUGUUGUGCUUUUUGAGAACCCACACGAUGUGUUUGCUGUUGACCAAAAACAUGAGUCCCCUGACCUGGCACCGGAAGAUUCCCAAAGCCAAAAGAGGCGACGGUACGGAAUUAAAGGGCCACCCCGUGGACCAGAUGCUGAAAGCGCUGGAUCACCGCCACGUGCAGGGUAUGGCAAGUCUCCAACAUGGGGAGGGGUGAUUAAGGGUUUGUCCAGUGCCUUGCCACGUGUUGGAAAUUUGGUUUUGAAGGGCGAUGAUCCCCAGUGCGCUGACUUUCAUGCAUUGGUUCCCGAACUCCAAGUCAAAUUGGUCCUGCUUUGUAGAGGUACCGAAAGGGCAGAUGCCCCUCUUUUAUGGUACAAGACACUCCGCGAAACAAUGGAGGGUCUGGGCUUCGUAGUCAGCCCUUUCGAUGGCUGCGUUUUCACAUUGGUGACAAAGGGCCACAAUGGAAAACCCAAAGUACAUGGAUGUGUAGGCUUACAUGUUGACGAUGGAAUCGGAGGGGGUGAUAAAUACUUUAGGGAGAUCAUUGGGAAGCUCCGUAGUAAGUUCGAGUUUGGGGCCUACAAUGAAGGGGAUUUUGAAUUCUGUGGGGUUCGAUACUAUCAGUGGGACGAUGGGUCCAUUGAGAUGAGUCAGGAUUCCUAUGUUCAAAAGAUUCACCCCAUUGAGAUUCCGCGAAAUCGUCGACAGCAGAGCCAGAGUUCUCUCACACCACUGGAGACCCAGCAGCUUCGCCAAAUUUGCGGAAGCCUCCAAUACGCUGCAGUGCACACUAGGCCUGACCUUUCAGCAAAGGUCGGUGAGCUUCAGUCAGCAGUGGCUUCUGGAAAGGUGGAACACUUAAUUAAUGCGAACCGAGUUUUGUACGAGGCCAAGGCGAAUCCAGUGAGUUUGAUGAUCGUGCCCAUACCGGAACAUGCUGUGACUUUCUGUGCAUUUUCAGAUGCUUCUUUUGAGACUGGUAAAGGUAGGUCAACAAGGUUCUUCGGCAGGCACUACUUGUAG